AUGCCAAAAGGUUUGAAGUUGGAACAAAUCCCGAAAAUUAAAGGAGACCAAAAGAAAGUCGACACAACCAGGUACAGCCAAUUGAUAGGGAGUUUACUCCACCUUUCAACUUUUAGUAGACCGGACAACAACAUUGGAGCGCACAUCCUCCGCUAUUUACAAGGCUUGAAAAAUAUUGGCAGCAUUUAUAGAAAAACAUCAGAGAAACUACACGUUUCGGCUGAUGCAAGUUGGUCAAGUGAUCUCAAUGACAGAAAGUCACAGAAUGGUUUUUUAUUCAUUUAUGGAGUAGCAACAAUUUUAUGGGCUUCAAAGAAACAAAGAAUUGUUACUACUUCAAGCACGGAAGCCGAAUAUGUUAACCUUAGUUCUGUUGCAAAAGAAGCAUCAUUCUUACGAAAUCUACUUGAAGAACUUGGACUUCAUCAAGGACCAGUGACAAUUUUUACAAAUUUGGGUAUCCAAGGGCGAACCAAGCACUUCGAUAUCCGAUAUCAUUUUGUCAAAGAAGCAAUUGCUGAUAACAAAAUCAAAUCUUGA